AUGUUCGAUUUUGGGGAACAUUGCCUUUCACCGGCCGAAUGCGCCGCGACAUCCGAAGAGGCCCACAAUGUUCCGGAACCUAAACUGUCGUUGAAUGGGGGGCAUAUGAUGCAAGAUGAAGGAUUACACGCAGCUGAUCCUUCACUGAUUGGAGACUUCAGUUCACGCAACCGCCUACGUAUAGACUUCGCGCGUCUAGAAGCUCUCAUUGUGUCCGAGAGGGCGGAGAGGUGCGCGCAGAGCCAAGCAGACCUCAAUUUACAGCCGUCUCUCGUGCAAGUCGAAAUAUCGAAUCGGGUGAGCGCUUCGCCCACUCCUCGCACUAAGUCAAUCGAAGGGGCCGGCACAGAAAAGGUCAGGGAAUUUGCAGGCCAGGCAAGCAAGGGGAAUGCUACAGCGUCGCCACGUUGCAUGUUCUAUUCCUUAACAGGAGAAGCAACUAUCAAUGCCCAUUCGUUUGGAGACUUGAUCUUGGACAACGAAGAGGUUCGGACUUUGUUUACUUCCUCCGGAGGAGAAGGCAACAACAGAUGGUGGCUUGAUAUUGCUAACCCGACCGACGAACAGACUCGUGCUAUUUGCGAGGCAUUCGGGGUACACCCUCUGACGACGGAGGACAUCUUGACGCAGGAGACACGGGAAAAGGUUGCGAUUUUCCCGUCCUACUACUUCGUCGACUUUCAAUCAUUCUACACCAUCCGAAAUGAUAACGGCGGUGAUGACUACGAGCCCUUCGGCGUUUACAUGGUUGUGUUUCCCGAAGGAAUUAUAAGCUUCUGCUACAGAUCCCACGUCCACUCACAGAGGGUCCGUAACAGGAUAGCUAUACUCAAGGAUCAAGAGUCACUCAACAGUGACUGGAUUUGCUACGCUCUGAUUGAUAACAUUGUCGAUUCGUUCGCACCAGAAAUCCAUGACAUCGAGCUGAUAAGCGAGGGCAUCGAGGAAGCAGUCAUCACCUCUCGACCCGACGACAGGCAUACGUUUCUUCGACACCUCGGUGCUGCCCGCAAAAAGUCGCUUAGUCACAUGCGCCUCUUGCGCGGGAAGGCCGAUGUUCUCCGUGGUUUGGCGAAGCGCUGCACGAACGUCUCUAGUGGCACCCUUCGCAUUGAUAUGGCUAUCUACUUUGGAGACAUCAUCGAUCAUGUCGUCACCAUGGAAAGCAACCUGUUACAUUUUGAGAAGAUGUUGUCACGAGCAUAUAGCAACUACCUUGCUCAGCUUACUGUGGACGGGAUUACAGAGGGCACCAAGACGAACAACACGCUAGCCAAAAUCACUUUUCUAGGAUCCGUUUUCGUUCCCCUCAACCUCAUUAGCAGCUUGUUUGGGAUGAACGUCAAAGUCCCCUGGCAAGGCGAGGAUAGCCUCGUCCCUUUCUAUGGAAUCGUUGGGGUACUCCUGGUAUUUCCUAUAGUCGCAUUCCUCAUCACGCGCAGGGCGCGGUAUCUAUGA